UGAUUGGAACCGCUCUCAAUACAAGCGAGAUGAAGAAGCUCAUCACCCACAUGGGUAAAACCCAUCAAUGCUUUGAAACAGAACUGCAUUGGCUAACUCUAUAUCUAAGAUCUAAGAUAAACUGUACCUCUUCCAAAGACCAUGGUGAAAGAAAAGAAAAAAGCAGACAAGAAAGGGGAUAAGUCUGCUCGCUCUCCCUCCUCUACUUCUGAUUACCCAGAAACUUCCAAACAAGAUGGCAAUGCUGGGAAGCAGGAAGUACCCCCCAGUGUCAUGCCAGUAUUGGAAAUGCCACUCAAGACAUCAGCACCCAAACGAGAAUCCAUAAAUAUGUAUCAGAAUGAAGAUGAAACCCAGUAUGAAGAGCCCAUCCUGACCAAACUCAUAGUAGAAAGCUAUGAAGGGGAGACAGUCCGGGGACUGUAUGAGGGAGAAGGCUUCGCUAUCUUUCAAGGUGGAAGUACCUAUCAUGGGGACUUUGUGAAGAAUAUCCCCAUGAACCAUGGUGUGUACACAUGGCCAGAUGGCAGCACAUAUGAAGGAGAAGUAAUCAACGGCAUGAGGAAUGGAUUUGGUAUGUUCAAGUGUGGCACACUGCCUGUGUCCUACAUCGGCCACUGGUGUCAAGGCAAGAGACACGGGAAGGGCUCCAUCUAUUACAAUCAAGAGGGAACCUCUUGGUAUGAGGGAGAUUGGGUAUACAACAUCAAAAAGGGCUGGGGAAUAAGAUGCUACAAAUCAGGAAACAUAUAUGAAGGCCAGUGGGAAAACAACAUGCGCCAUGGGGAAGGCAGAAUGAGAUGGCUGACAACAAAUGAGGAGUACACUGGUCACUGGGAGAAAGGGAUUCAGAAUGGCUUUGGAACACAUACAUGGUUCCUAAAGAGGAUCCCCAACUCUCAGUAUCCUUUGAGAAAUGAAUACAUAGGAGCAUUUGCAAAUGGAUUCCGUCAUGGACAGGGGAAGUUUUACUAUGCCAGUGGAGCAAUGUAUGAGGGAGAAUGGGUUUCCAACAAAAAACAUGGCAGGGGCAGAAUGACUUUCAAGAAUGGACGUGUGUAUGAAGGUCUGUUUUCCAAUGACCACAUCGCACAGUUCCUUGAAGCUGAAAUCGAUUACACACACAGCCUGGACCGUCGGUCAGAUGGAUCCCAAAGGAGCUGGCAGCCUCGGGGAUCUUCUGCCAGUGCUAGUAGGGAGCCUGAAACCCUCCGAAAGUUGGAUGGCAGCGAAAGCCAUUCUGUGUUAGGAUCAAGUAUUGAGCUGGACUUAAAUUUGUUGCUGGACAUGUACCCUGAGGAAAGCCAAGAAGAAGAAAAGAAGCAGGUAGAAUUUGCAGUCCUAAGGAACAUCACGGAGUUAAGGAGAAUCUACUGCUUCUACAGCGGCCUCGGGUGUGACCACUCUCUGGAUAACACCUUUCUGAUGACAAAGCUUCACUUCUGGAGAUUUCUGAAAGACUGUAGGUUUCAUCACCACAAUAUAACCCUUGCAGAUAUGGACAGGGUACUAAGUGUCUAUAAUGGCAUACCAAUUGAAGAAAUCCACUCUCCAUUCAGAACUAUACUCUUAAGAACAUUCCUGAAUUACCUCCUGCAGUUGGCUUACCACAUCCAUCACAAAGAAUUCCAGAACAGAAGCCCAUCACUCUUUUUGUGUUUUACAAAACUGAUGACUGAGAACAUUCAUCCACAUGCCUGCCAGGUAAAAGGUCAUUUAUUCAGUGAGCAACAGCGGACACUCUACUCAAUGAAUUAUAUUGAUAAGUGCUGGGAGAUUUAUACAACCUACUGCAGACAAAAUGAAGCCCCACCCUAUGAACUAACAAUGAAGAUGAGGUAUUUCCUCUGGAUGCUGAAAGACUUUAGGAUGAUAAAUAAGGACUUAACUGCAACCAAAUUUAUGACUGUGAUAACGGAAGAUAACCCUUUCAUGUAUGAUGGAACUGACAGCAACUUUGAACUUGAGCUGGUUUUCCUGGAAUUCUUUGAAGCACUCUUAUGUUUCUCACUCUGCUGUAUUUUUGACCGGAUGGCUAGAUCCUAUUUAAAAGUUCCAUAUGAUGAUAUUACUGGAAACCGAUACGGCAGCAUUCAUACAAUACUAAACCAG